GUUGAUUUUCCGAGGUUUGAUGGAGAGAACCCCAAAUUAUGGCAAACACGGUGUGUGGAUUAUUUUGACAUGUUCGACACAGAUCCUGAUCUUUGGAUUGCAGUAGCAGCUAUGCAAUUUGAAGGACCAGCAGCGCGUUGGCUCUCAUCAGUACAACAUAAGUUUGUUCGAGCAUCAUGGGAUGAGUUUUGUGCUGCCGUCCUUGCUCGCUUUGGGCGCAAUCAGCAUAAAUCACUUGUGCGCAAAUUGUACAGGCUGCAACAGACAGGAUCUGUGGAGGAAUACAUUGCUCAAUUCUCAGAGUUGAUGGAUCAGUUGACCGCUUAUGAACCUGAUCCUGAUAUGUUACACUAUACCACGCGUUUUAUUGAUGGUCUGAAACACACUGUCAGGAUGGUGGUUGCAGUACAAAGGCCUGCUGAUUUAGAUGCAGCUUAUUCCAUUGCCGCCGUGCAAGAAGAGGUUGCUGAUUGUGAAUCAGAGUACACUCAUUCCAGCAGGCGAGCUAGUUACUCCAAUCCAUCUCGGCAGUAUAAACAGUCAACUGAACAUAAAGUGCCAAUUGAGGUCCGAGUACCUGAAACACAAAAGGUCACUUCAGUUCCUGAGGACAAGUUAGCCACUCUCAAGGCUUACAGGAGGGUAAAAGGUUUGUGUUACAUAUGUGGUGAGAGGUGGGGCAGAGAUCACAAGUGCAAUAAUACAGUGCAACUGCAUGUUGUGCAGGAGAUAUUGGAAUUUUGUGCUACUGAUCCUGUGGAAUCUGAUGAUAGUGAAGUGGAUUUGAUGGUAUUAUCUGCAGAAACACAAACAUCUGAUCCGUCUAACAGUGCUAUUCGACUCACUUGUCAAGUUGGAGGACAGGAAGUAGUCUUCUUAUUGGACUCUGGUAGCUCACAUUCAUUUCUCAGUGACAGAUUGGCAGGUCAUUUAGUGGGUCAGCAACCUUUGAGCAAGGUGCAGAAAGUCAGGAUCGCUGGAGGAGGACAACUGGAAUGCUCUUCUUGGAUUCCUAACUGUGGAUGGUCAGUGGGAGGACAUCAGUUUGUUAAUGAUUUCAAAAUCCUACCUCUGCAACAUUAUGAUGGGAUUAUUGGGAUGGAUUGGCUCUCAGCUCAGGGAACUAUGAGCGUUAAUUGGUUACAAAAAUGGCUAUCCUUUGAUUACAAGGGCACAAAAGUGGUUCUACAAGGAGAUCUGCCAUCUGAGUGUGAAUUCAUUGUGGUAGAACUACAACUUAUCCAAGACACACAAGAAACAAAAGUGACUGUGAUGGAGGAUGUACCUGAAGAAAUUCAACAAGUCAUUGCUUCCUUUGCUGAUAUUUUUGAGGAACCUACUGGUCUUCCUCCUCGUCGCUCAUGUGAUCACAAAAUACCACUGGUGGAGGGAGCUCGUCCUGUUAACAUUAGACCAUACAGGUAUUCCCUGAGCAAAAGACAGAAAUAGAACGACAAGUGAAAGAAAUGCUAGCCUCUGGUGUAAUUUCGCCGAGCACUAGUCCGUUUGCCUCCCCAAUCAUUUUAGUUAAAAAAAAGGAUGGCACAUGGCGACUUUGUGUUGAUUACAGACAACUGAACAUGUUGACACUAAAGACUAAAUAUCCUCUGCCCGUGAUAGAUGAAUUGCUCGAUGAAUUAUCAGGCGCCUCAUGGUUUUCCAAAUUGGACCUUCAUGCUGGGUAUCAUCAGAUCCGUUUGGCUCCCGGGGAAGAAUACAAGACGGCCUUUCAUACACACAAUGGGCACUAUGAGUUUAAUGUGGUAUCGUUUGGGCUGACGGGAGGGCCAUCUACAUUCCAAGGAGAGAUGAAUGUUACUCUAGCGCCUGUGGACCGUGUCUGUGUAGUCGUAUUCUUUGAUGAUAUACUGGUGUUCAGUGCUACCUUAGAGGAACAUGUGCAGCACCUCAAGCAAGUUUUGCAACUACUCAGGCAACAUCAGUGGAGAGUUAAAGAGUCAAACUGUGCAUUCGCCCAGCGUAGCAUAUCCUAUCUGGGCUUUGUGGUCAGUGGGAACGGAGUGUCAACAGACCCAACUAAGGUGCAAGCAGUCCUUGAGUGGCCAGUGCCCCAAUCUGUUAAGGAGCUUCAAGGGUUUCUUGGAGUUUCAGGGUAUUACAGGAAAUUUGUGCGCAAUUAUGGUGUUAUCAGUCAGCCCUUGACUCAUCUUCUGCGCAAUAAUGUGCCCUUUGUAUGGUCUACAACAACACAAACUGCUUUUGAAGUGUUGAAAAAGGCUCUAACAUCAGCACCUGUACUUGCUUUGCCAGAUUUCAAGGUUCAGUUUGUUGUUGAAACUGAUGCUAGUGACACUGGAGUAGGUGCAGUGUUGUUACAGAAGGGACAUCCAAUAGCAUUUGUCAGUAAGGGACUGGGACCAAAGAAUCGUGGAUUGUCCACUUAUGAGAAGGAAUACAUGGCAAUUUUAUUGGCUGUUGAACAGUAGCGCACAUACUUACAACAUUCUGAGUUUUUGAUUUUUACUGAUCACUGCAGUUUGGCCCAUCUGGAAGACCAGCGCUUACAUACUCCCUGGCAGCAGAAAUUGUUCGCUAAGUUGCUAGGUUUGCAGUUCAAGAUCAAAUACAAAAAAGGGUCUGAGAAUCGGGUUGCUGAUGCUUUAUCUCGCAGACCACAUCCUGAGUCUGAAUUGUUAGCGAUCAGCAUGAUUGCAGGAUGUGUGUGACACCUACCAACAUGAUCAAGAAGCGCAAGAAUUGCUUACGCGAUUGGCUGUUCGCUCUGACUCUGAAGAUGAUUUUUCUCUGCAAAAUGGACUGAUCAAGUACAAGCAGUGAUUGUGGUUGCCUAAUGGCUCGCCCUUGACAGUGAAAAUUAUUGAGGCUUUCCAUGCUAGUCCCCUGGGAGGACAUUCAGGUGUGCCAGUCACCUUGCGCUAGCUCAAGAAAUUAUUCUAUUGAAAGGGCAUGAGUAAUCAGGUGCAUAAGAUGGUGCAAGAAUGCUUGAUCUGUCAAUGUGCUAAACCAGAUCGUGCUAAAUAGCCUGGACUUCUUGCUCCUUUGCCUGUUCCUUCUCAGUACUGGCAACUACUUACUAUGGAUUUUGUUGAAGGCCUUCCCAAAUCAGGUCGCUUCAAUUGCAUUCUAGUGGUUGUGGACAAACUGUCCAAGUAUGCACAUUUUAUUGGGCUUCAGUAUCCCUUUACCGUGUCCACGGUGACUGCAGCGUUCAUGGACAACAUAUACAAGCUUCACGGGAUGCCUGAAUCAAUUGUUACUGAUCGUGAUCGUAUCUUUACCAGUCGUUUUUGGCGAGAGAUUGCUGCUCUCACAGGCACUAAGCUCAAGAUGAGUUCUUCCCAUCAUCCUCAGACUGACGGACAGUCAGAGCGCGUGAAUCAGUGCUUGGAAGCCUUUCUUCGAUGUUUCACGCAUGCAUGCCCGGCUAAGUGGGCGCAGUGGCUCUCGCUUGCGGAGUAUUGGUAUAACACCAGUAUGCAUUCCUCUCUACAAGGGAAAUCUCCAUUUGAGACUCUGUAUGGUCAUUCUCCUCGUCAGUUUGGCAUAUCAGAUGCAGACGCUUGUUCCGUGCCAGAACUGUCCACUUGGCUCCAAGAUCGUGCACUCAUGCUCAGGCUGUUGCAGCAGCAUUUGGAACGUGUGCGCGUCCGUAUGAAAAAUCAGGCAGACAAGAAGAGAUCUGACAGGGUAUUUCAAGUGGGUGACUCUGUCUUUAUGAAACUACAGCCAUAUGUGCAGUCUUCUGUUGCUCCCCGUGCACAUCAUAAGCUUCUUUUCAAGUUUUAUGGUCCCUUCAAGAUACUGGAGCGCAUUGGUCCUUCUGCUUAUCGCCUGCAACUUCCUCCUCAUAGCAAAAUUCAUCCAGUUUUGCAUGUGUCUCAACUGAAGAAAGCAUUGGGGCCUCAUUGUCAGGUACAAUCUGAUCUUCCUCCUGUUAAUUCACAACUUGCUAUCCCUGUCAAAGUGCUUCAGCGGCGUUUCCGUCAAGCUGGUGAGCGAGCAGUUCCUCAAGGUCUUAUUCAGUGGUCUGAUCAGCCGGAGUCAUUAGCAACUUGGGAGGACCUGGAGGCGCUGAAGCAACGUUUUUCUCGAGCGGCCGCUUGGGGACAAGCGACAUUUCAAGGGAAGGGGAAUGUUAAGACUACACCAUGGGCUACUACAGGAGAUGGCCCAACCGAAGAACCCAGGAGGUGGUUCAGCUCGACAAGCGGCUGAGACAGCCAGCCCAGCGAUAUGCAUCAGACGAGUGGGUCAAGUGAACUAUAUAUCGACGUGUCCCAGCUUCGGUGUCAUUCGGCCAUUGGUUGAACGGCUCUGCCGUCAGCUUGUAAGAGGAAACCUGUAACUAGCUACUGCAAUUCGAAUAUUGAAGCAAUUCCCCUCUCGAUCCCCUUUCCUCCAUGGCAAUUCCUUCAGAUUUGUAGCUAAUUGCUAACAAUGGACGACCUCCCAGGGGGCGCGGCGGCCUUCGAGCUCGCGGCCAAGUUCUGCUCCGGCGUCAGGUUCGAGCUCAACGCGGUCAACGUCGUCCCGCUAUGCGGCCGAGUGCCUCGGCAUGGCCGGCGAGGGCAGCCUCACGGCCCACGCAGAGGCCUUCUUCGUCCGCGACGUGCUCGGCAACUGGGACGCAACCGUGCGCGAGCUGCAGACGUGCGACAAAGGGCAGCCUCGCGGCGCUCGCCGAAGACCUCCUCGCGCCCCGGUGCAUCGAGGUGUGGAUCCGGUAGCCACCAUCGUCCCUGCGCGCCGCCGGCGUGGACCCGGUCACCACCACCGUCUCCAUCAUGCUGCACGAGCAGCAGGCCGCGGGCAGCGACGAGCACGACGACGACGGCGCCGGUGGCGUGGUGGUGCUCGUGAGGUGUUUGUUGAAAUGCCAAACAAAGAGAGCGGAGGAGGAAGAAGAAGAUUGGUGCUGACAUGCGGGCCCCACCUGUAAUAACGGUGACUUAACGGUCAAAAUAAACGGAGUUGACUUUGCCGCCACGUCAGCUUUGACGGAUGGGUCCUGCAUGUCAUAAACAUGUUUAAAUCGUUUAAACUGACCAUUUUGCGAAAGUGGUAGUUUUUGGUCACAAAAUUAGAAAAUUUUGGUAGUUCUUGGUCAGUUUUUAAAAAGUGGUAGUUCUGUGGGACAAAAACCCCUAAAGUGGUAUUUUUUUGUCAAACACUCAGAGGUUCAUUUGUUCAGUAUUGCGCGUCGAAAUUUGGGGGUGUUUUCAUCAUGUUCGUCAGCAGCGGAAACUAGGUAACGAGCGUAUGGGGGCAUUCGGAAGCAAAAUGAUACUCCCUCCGUCCCAAAAUUCUCGUCUUAGAUUUGUCUAGAUAUGGAUGUAUCUAAUACUAAAACGUGAAUUUUGGGACGGAGGAAGUAUUUGCAGGGCAAUGCUGCUGGUGUUCUUCAGUCCCAAUUGCCUGCAUCAAUUUUGCUUGGCGAAUGGUUGUUGCUGCCCUGCUAGCUCCAGGCUGCCAUUUUGAGUGCAAUUGCCUCUAGAUAUCCAAUCAAUCAGGUUUGAAAAUGGCUGACCAGUACAUAGAUACAGUGUGGAUACUGCAUGGUGACUAGUUUGUUCAAGGUAGCGAGAGAGUGGUUAAGGUGAUUUGGAGGAGUGAUUGGCCGUGGAGAUGUUGUUUUAGUUCAAUUUUCUAAAUACAAGCUUGUUUCUGCUCAGUACUCCUUUGCAUUGGAUCUAAAUCUCUGUAUUUGUGUGUUGGCUAGUUCCAACAGUUUAUCGUUUAAGUGUUUGUUUGGUGACUGUGGUUGCAUCAUUUCAGUAAUAUUAAUUUUCAACGGCAGAAUUGUACGCACCAGGCAUUCUCUUAGUUUCUUUUUCUGAAGUCUUCUUGGCUCCCUAAGUUUUGCGUAUUUAAGUUUUUUCUUCAUUCUUCAGUCCUUUUUUUAUUGAGUAUUCAUUAAUCGUGCAGAGAUAGCCAGUGAGCUACAUUUUGUUUUUUCAGUCCUUCUAUUUGUGGAUUUGUUUUAUAGUUCAUUUUCAUUAUUCAUUCUCUUUAAUUGGUACUCGCCAUUUAGCUCAUUCUUCCAUUCUUCAUUUUUAUCUUGUAUGCCAUUCUUCAGUUCAUAUUCAGCUCCUUGGUCUUCUUCUUUCUUCUUUGGUUAGUCUAUGUCCUUGUCUGUCUCUUUUACAAGGCUGUGAUGUGUUGUGUUUUGGCAAGGCACCAAGCAGUCCAAUUUCUACACCCCCUACCGAUUCAUGAUUAUGAAAACCCCUUAUUUGUUCAGCCUAUCAUCUCUAUUGAUGUUCAGUUUACCAUUUUAGUGAACGUGUCUUCCGGUCCAUUUUUUUCAGUCAUUUAUUGUUCUGUUUUCCUUUCACUUUUUGCAAAUCAGAUGAGGUUGUCAGUCUUGUUUUUCUGUUGUUGUGAGUACAUUCAGUUUAGUAUAUAAAUAUAUUCAGUUUAUAAAGUAUGUUCAGUUAUCUCAAUCCUGACAAUUUUUUUCAGACCCUUAGUUUGUACUCCCUCCGUCCCAUAAUAUAAGAACGUUUUUGACACUAGUGUAGUGUCACACUAGUGCCAAGAACGUUCUUACAUUAUGGGACGGAGGGAGUAUUCAGUUAUAUUCAGUUACUUCUUCUAUUAUUCAGUUUGAUUUUUGUUCAGCUUUUAUUUGUAUUAUCUCUCAGAUUUAUUUCUCCGGUCACAAUUAUGUGUUCUUUCUUCAUUACUCAUAGUGUCACUCAAUCAGAUUUCUUCAGUUCAAUUCAGUGUUUCUUUUAGUCAUAUUCAGUGUUAUUUAUACAACCACCACCAAGAUAUAUGGCGAAAACUAGGCAAAACUCAUCAAAGACUACAAUUUCGGAGAGGGGGACUUGGUCCAGUUCAACUUGGAUGGUCCCGAGCCCAAGGCUCACAUCGUCUACAUUGAUUAUGGCGAACCCAGGGAGCCAGAGGAAUCCACGGUGUACACUAGAGGCAUUCAUCUGACCGAGGAAGAAACGUUCAACCUUUUAUACCUUUUACCGCUCAGCCCUGGGUACUCAGGGUUCCCUUUUGUCCAUCCUCUCAGUAGGAUGAACAUCAAAAGACAGCUCAGGACAUCCCAGAGCACGGACAGGCGGGACUUCGUUUUGCAAAAGGGAUAUCAUCGAAGCAAGUAUGGCACCUCCAAGGACGGCCGCAUCUUUUUCAAAAUGGGAUGAAAAUAGUUCACUGCAAGCACAGGCCUCAAGUCACGUUCAAGACAGCCGUCAGCAGGGAGCUGGAGAUGAUUGUCGUCAUGAAUGUCCUCUAAGUAUAGUUGGAGUUCAGUAGGUUAUGCUAGUUUGUGUCUAGUCAUAACUUGUUUAGUUUAGCUCUUUUUCUAAAGCGAAGUGUUGUCCUUUUUGUAAUGGAGACUACGUUGCUUCUGCAUUUCAUCCUACCUUUUCUUUGUUUCGCCAAACCUACGAAUGCGUGUGCAUGGCUAGAUGCCACAGAAAUCUAUAUUUAAAAUUCCAAGA